AAUUCAAACAUCCCUCAAUCCGAAAGCUUCGGAGCUUCGCGUCUGAAGGGAAUAGGGAAUGCCGAGAGCCAUCACAAGUUCACAACCCCGAUAUUGUCGAGCACCGAGAUUCCCGCGCUCGCAGACCCGUGCAGCAGCCGAGUUUCCCGCUCUCCGUGACCAUUCCAGGUCCCCUGUCGCCCAUCAUUCUUGUCCCCUCGCUCAGCAGGCUCUGGUAUAUAUCUCACGGUUGCACCUACGCAACAGGCAUUUCAUUCGUGCUGUCAAAUUCUUAGAACAGCCCAAGCACUCCUCACGCUUUUUAGGAGCGACCCUCCUGCACUUUCCAUCGUGAAGCCGAGCCUUGGGAUUCACGUUACUUGGGGACGCGUCGUCGUAGUCUCAGCGCACUGCUUUUGUUGAGUCGACUCAAGAGCAGCGCACCAGCUUCGCUUUUUGUUUCUGAGCUUCGCACGAAGGUUCACCUGGAUACACAUAUUACAGAUAGUAUCUAGACGUCGCAAAAGAACGAAGAGUCCAGUCUAGCGUUACCUCGAACACAGCAAGCCUCUCAUCGAGCCGGCUGCGGCUGAAAUCUUCGUUUAACGUCUUCGUUUCUAAGGGUUCCAGAUGGCCGCGUGCCUCCAGCCGUUCGAUCUAACGGAUUUUCUGCAGCUAAAAGGCGGAAACGCAGCAGGGGAUACGGCAGUGGCGGGUGCCGCUCCGCUCCCCGCGUCCGUGGCGGAAACCUGCCGCGCGAUGGCGGAGUGUUUGCGCGCAACCAGCGCGCUAAUCGUGCACGACCCGCGGUGCGCGCAGGCGGACAACGACCGGUUUUUAGACAUGAUGGAGAAAUACUUCGAGCAGCCCAAGGCGACGAAGAUCGCGCACUCGCGCCCCGAGUUGCACUAUCAGGUGGGAGUGACCCCCGAGGGCGUGGAGAUGCCGCAGAGCGCGCUGGACGACGCGGUGAGGGCGCGCAUGGCGCAACUCCCCGCGGACAGCCGCCCCCAGGCGCCCUCGGGCCCCGACUGCAAGUGGCGCUUCAUGUGGCGCGUGGGGCCGCGCCCCGCCGCUACCAGAUACCAGGAGCUGAACGCCAGUCCAGUUGUGCCGGAGGGGUUCCCGCAGUGGUCGUCGGUGAUGGACGGGUGGGGAUGCAAGAUGCUGGCUGCAGUGGAGGCGGUGGCUGAGAUGUUGGCAAUCGGCUUUGACCUCCCACCGGACUCCUUCACCUCUCGCAUGCACAUGGGCCCGCACCUGCUGGCUCCCACAGGCAGUGACCUGAGAGAGCACGGCUCCACUGGGACGGUCCUGGCGGGUUACCACGCAGACCUCAAUUUCCUCACCAUUCACGGACGGUGCAGAUUCCCUGGCCUCCGCAUCUGGCUGCGGGAUGGGACCUGCUGCCGAGUCUCAGUGCCGGAUGGCUGCCUGCUCCUGCAAGCGGGAAAGGAGAUGGAGUGGCUGACGGGAGGCGAGGUGGCAGCAGGCAUGCACGAGGUGGUGGUGGAUGAUGGCACAGUGGCGGCAGUGCAACGAGCGCAACAACAGGGGCGCAGCCUCUGGCGGGUCUCCAGCACGGUGUUUGCACACAUAGCUUCAGACGAGGUACUCAUGCCAAUUGGUCACUUCGCAACCAGCAUGUUGGCACCUAGUUUCCCACCUAAGCCUGCGGGGGAGUUCGUGGAGGAAGAGCUGGCAGCUAUUCAGCUGAAAUCAGCCAGUGGUGGUGGUUGAUAUGAGAAACAAAAAGAUAGCUUACUGUUGGCACCAGAGGUUAUCGUUGGUCUGCCCUUCCCUCUGUAUACUGCUCUUCAUUUG